AUGUCUCUCACUACCGAGACCUACCUCCCCCGUCUCCUAGAGGUCCUUGAGCGGGAUCCCUCAGCUGCAGAACGGCUGAGACUGGAUUGCGGGAUGUGCCAUGAGGAGAUGACCACGGACGGAGUCGACAUGUGCGAACUCCCCAAUGGCGAACCGAGUUUAACCCAUGUGGCCUACAUUCUCCCGUGUGGACACAUAUUCGGCCUCUCCUGUGUAGUGGAACUCAUGCACCACUGUCUGGAGCAACAUGUGUAUGGCAGUCGUCAAAACAGAUGCCCGACAUGCCGCCAACGUCAGCACUUUAUCCCCUGCGGCUGUCCUCACAUCCUGGGGACGGUGCUCCGAGUUGAGGAGGCCAGUCGAAAAGUGAUACUGGACAGAAUCAAGAAGAUCGAGUGCAUGUGUGAUCGGUGCUUCUCGUGCGAACUGAUCCAGCUUGCCUACAUCAUGACGGAAGAAGUCGACCCGUCAGGAGGUGUAGACACCGAAGAUGGCCCUGACUGGCAGGAUCCGCAAACGGGGGAACAGCUAAUGAUGAAGAUAGUCUUUUUGAAGCAAUCCUGGAACCCAAAAUGGCAGAUUGACGCAUUCCGCACUCGAGAUCGUCUCUAUGCGCCAUGCGAUAUGCACGAAAACACACGUCGCCGACUGGACGAUUUCAUCGACGAAAUGGCGCCAGUGUACUUUGCCAGCAAUCUCGAGUCUGGCGAGGGGGUGCAUCGCAUCGUGGCUGAGAUCUUCAAGCUUGGGACGUUGACCCGAACUUCCCUGACACAACUAUAA